GACCUUGCAAGAAGAAAAGAUAACGGAACCCAUAUCCGACAAAGUAUUCUUCAGGGCGGUCGAGGUCGUAAAAUCAAAAUUAACCACUGCGACCUUAAAGGAAACCGAUGAACAAGGAGCUUUCGUUUUUGAUUGGGACCACGAUGAUUUGCUUUCCCAUAUUGUAAAAAUGUCGGGAAGAUUGCACAGAAAUAUGAACAAUGAGAAUUUUCGUAGGAAUGAUCGUUUGACAAAAGCUUUUCAAUAUGCACCACUUUUCAAUCAAAAUGAGUACAACCUAAAAUCAGAAUUCAUCAACAAUGUAAAAACAUUACUUCCAGGAUUUGAAAAUUUAUUUGCCUUUGAUUGGUUGACCGUCGAUGGGCAACAACAACAUGGUCAAGGACAUCUAAUUUUUAUAUCAAAUGUUGGGGUUCUGGCCGUGGUCGAAGUCAAAUAUAUUGUACCGAACGCUACACGAGAUGUUAGAGAACAAAGUCAAAUGCAAGUUAGAGAGAGGACCAAAAGGAUUAAAAUAGAAGCUGCCAAAAAAUUUAAAAUGGUUACAAUUGGAGUCACCUUUACCAAUGACGGCGAAUAUCCAAUACGGUUUGUGAAUAGUAUUGAUAGAAAUAUUGCCUUUGCUGUGGCUAAUUAUACCAAGAAUCGUGCCUUUUGGAGUAGAGUCAUAAAAAUCAUAAUAUUGACUCUCACAGUCGGAGGGGUUUCGGUGUACCUUAUCAUGUACACAGAAAUAAACGUGGUUGGGCUAUUAGGGUUAAUUGUCUGGGGUCUUGCUCUGCUCUUUAUUAGCAAUGGAAUUUAUUAG